UGGACAGAGUUCACAUAAUAAUUCCGUGCAACAGGGCGAAAUCGGCCUAAUUGGGCUGAGACUCGGCCCAGUUUAUGGAUAUUACUGAGAUUACUGGGCCCGUAAUGGGCUAAUAGAAAUAAACGUCUUUUGCUAGCCCAACCCAAAUCCUCUUCUUCUUCUUCCUUCUCCAACAAUCCAGUCUCUUCCUCUCUCAAACCCCGGUUCCCGCCUCCUCUCUCUUUAUUGAGCUCUCGAGCUCUCCCUGCACCCCAUCAAUGGCGAGCCGUGGGAGCGAGACAAGGUCGAGGACGAAGCGGAAACCCUUCUCCGACCUCACCAACGCCCCAUCCUCCUCUACCUCUGCCUCUACCUCUGCCCUUAGCCGUUCUCUCCUCGAACCCAACCCCAAAUCGAAUCCCCAAGCCGAACCAUCCGAACCAAACCCUAACCCAUCCCCCAGGCCCAACGAUAAUCCGAGCGUUCCCACUUCUUCUUCGUGUUCUACGCCGAGAGCUAAAGGCCUCCUCUCCUCGGAUUCUGUUCGUGAUGAUUCAGAUUUUGAGAAAGUAGUUAUUUCUACAAUUUACACACGGCGAAAGACAGUUAAAAGAAAGUCCACAAGCAAAGCAGUUCUCUCAGGGUCAUCAAGUUGUCCUCCUAUUGGAAGAGUCAAAAGUACCAAGGAAAACUCGAUGGCUGGAGAUGGCAACUCUAUUCGACCUAUGACAUCCUCAGUUCCCUGUCGAAAAGCCAAAAAGAAGCAGCGUGAGAAUACAUACGAAGCUUCGAGGAAGCAGAUUUUACCACCAGAUUUUGUGGAGAAGCAGAGAGCGUAUUUCGCAGAGAUCGAUUCAUUCGAGCUGCCGGAGGAGGAGGUCUCGGAGAGUGAGCUGGAUUAGCCGCGUGAAAUGACGACUGUGCACUUCUAUAACAUGCUAGUGCGGUAGGAACUAAUCUUUGUACAGCACAUGUAUCAAAGGUAACUGGGGAUUUUGGCCAUGAAGGCUGUUGUAUGCGUACCCCAUUGUAAAAUUGCCAUGUAACCCUCAACAUUUUUGGAUGUAUCCUCCAUCAAUUUCAUUCUAAUCCGUGGGGAAUUUCUAUUGAUUUACUUUCCGU